AUGGCCAACGACUUGAACGAAAGCCUGCUUAACGUACCCGAUUCCGACGAAGACGAAGGCCUCUUGAACUUUAGCCAGUAUUACUUCAAGGAAUGGUCUGAUAUUGAAGCCCUUUACAAGUUGACAAUGUACAAUGAGAGUCUCAAUGACAAGGAGGAAGAAUCGGGUGCUGCUGAAACAUCUCAAUCCGAAGAUGACUCUGAUAUGGAUAAAGACUCUGGCGAGGAUGAAGAAGAGGAUUACAUUGAGCAGCUUGGCAACGAGUUGGACAAUAUGAUACUCUCCAAGCCGAAUCUGCUGUAUGAGAAUCCGAUGAGAGAGAACAGCCGCUUCCAGAUUUAUUCAUUCUGUAAUAACAGAGUGACUACGGGCCAGUGCUGGACCUGGAAGCCAGAUCAGAUGGAUGAUGAUGAUUCUUAUGAAUCUUCUUCUUCUGAUGACGAAACGUCUUCUCUUUCAGACUAA